AUGUUUAAAUUCAUUUUGCAGAACCCGCUUCCUCCAGUCGAGGUCCCUGCCGAAGGACCUCCUCUUCACGGCACGCGCAUCGUGGGAGGCUUUGAGGCAGAGCCGUACGAGCGCGGGUACCAGGCUUUUCUCUCAGGAGGAGGAGGAGUCUGCGGGGCUGCUGUCAUCAGCGAACUGUUUGUCCUGACAGCUGCCCACUGUAUACCAAAAAAGAGUGAUGCGCGAAUGACUGUCACUGUGGGCAUACACGACCGAAGGGUGAAGGAGGACUUUACCCAGACGAUUCCCGUUGCCAAGACGUUCGUUCAUCCGCGCUAUAAGCCCAAGGAAGGUCACUUAAAGGGUGACAUUGCCCUUCUAAAACUGGAAGAGAAGGUACAUAUGAAUGAUAAAGUUUUCCCCAUCAAAUUGCCGACUCGUAACGUGGACGAGUAUAUGGAAGUGGUGGUCACUGGUUGGGGAAGAACCUUGUCGGAAGUGACCAAACCUCUUACGACUCUCCAAGAAAUAGUUACCCGAACCAUCCCUCUAAAGGAAUGCGAGAAUUAUUUCCGAUGGGUGGACAAAAGCAUAUUCUGCACAACUGCGGCGAAUUGGGACGUUGGCCCCUGUAAUGGCGACUCGGGGGGUCCGGCGAUGCACGAAGGCUAUCUCGUGGGCCUCGUUUCCUUCUCCACGAAGGGAUGUAAAACAGCUUACCCUCAAGGAUUUACUAAUGUUUAUUUUUAUCUCAACUGGAUCAAGGAGAAAAUGGGUCAUAAUGACCAUCAAAAUAAAAAUUUGGCAACUUUCACUACUGAGCACAAUGGGUGUGGUAUUUUGGAUAUGUCUUUAGUACUUAUUGUAUUGGCUCAACUCUAUCUGUAUUGGAUAUAGGAGUUUUUUAUAUCUCUUUUGUUCAUGAAUGUAUUGUUUAGGUGUUUAUCAACUAGAUAUACGUAGUUGAUACAUAUUUCUAAGCGAUUGUUCCCUUUAAGUAGUGUGGAAUAUAUCAAUUUGCAUGUUUCAUUUUAUUGAAAUACA